AUGCCUUGGUCAGCAUCUCAACAAACACGCCUUGGAUAUGAGAAAACGUUGCUUGAGCAGUACUUCCGAAACCGUGUAUCUUGGAUCGAACCAACAGGCAACACCAGGGUCGAAAUCAGAGUAACAUGUACUAAUAACAAGGAGUACACAUUGAGGAUUUACGUCCCUUCCGAUUUUCCCAAUAGCUGCCCUGAAAUGGUGGUAAGCAGCCCAUCGCGUUGCUUGAGUAAACGAGACGGAGCGGAGAUGCGUUUUGGAAGCGAUGACGACCACACUUGGGGAAGCAAAGAUGGCUGCACGAAAAUUUGUCAUUACAAACCGGCCGCGUGGACAGACGACAACACGCUUUACCAGGUGACCAUGAAAGGUCUGAUUUGGCUAGAGGCCUAUGAGGCACAUCUCCGCACAGGCAAUUCCCUAUGUGAUUACCUGCAGCAUUACUAAAUGAGCGACAGGGAUUUUUGUGUAUGACUGACUGAUUAUAAGGUUAUCUAAAUUGUACUGAUUUCAAUUCAGAAACAUUUCAGUAUCAAACUGAUUUAUUUGGUUCUACUUCUGUACCAAACACAAUAGUUUGCUCAAACUUUGGGGCAAACUUCUGGUAUUAAAAGGGAUGGCAAUUUCAUUUUUUGGUGUACGCAACUGCAAUUUGGAGUAGAGUUUAAAGAUAAAGGAGGAACACUUACUGCUAACUACCUGAUUUCAUGAAAAUUUCAUUUUCGAACUGAUUUAUUUGUUUCUACUUCUGUACCGAACACAGUAUUUUACUCAAAUGUUAGGGAAAACUUCUAGUAUUAAACGGAUGCGUUUUGCAUCAAUAACUUUUUAAAUAAUUAGAUGUUCCCGCUUUUCUUGAAACAAACGUGACCGCUACUAUUGAACUGUAAAGCUGUAAAGCACGUAAUGGCUUUUUUAUUCGCGUCACCUCCGUCUCCUUUAAUGAGACGUGUACCCUAUUUUAUUUUAUUGGCAAUGAGCAUCGUGAGUAAAUGAAAUAUUCUAUACAGUUACUUUAGCGCAAAAUUGCGCAGUGUUGUUUUGACAAGAAUUAAAUUCUGACAUAAUCACAAAAACCAAUCCAUUUCUUUUAGAAUUGCUGUAAACUGAUUUAGAUCUGUCUAAAAGUAGUUGGUCAUAAAGAUUUCAAUGCUAGGCCUCAAAAAUUUUGAGUAUUGUUAUAACCGAUAGAAUCUCGAAAGUCUGUUGAAAUGAAUUUUGGGAACAUUUUAGUUUUGUACAAGUUUUUUUAGACCAUUUCACUUUCUGUUAUGACAAACGGUAUUCAUAACUUAAUGUAACCUACAGUUAUAUUAAAUAUAUCUCAAUGUAUCGUAAAUCAAAGGGCUCUUGGAGCCAGCUCAUUCAUGUUAUGGCUUAAGAUUUUAUCGAUUUCUUGGACUUCUUGAAUAUAGGUGCAGUUGAAUUCGGUUUGUGCGAACUUUCGAGACUUUUGGAAUGAAUUCUCUCUCAUGUUUGGGUAGGUUUGUGAUAAGAAAACUUGUGCGUUAGUCGUGAUGAGAAUUGGAAAAAAGGUUUGUGUGGGCUAGAGGUAGGACGGGCAGAGGUCAUUAGGCAGACAAUGUCCUUUUCCUUUGUGUGCGUGUGUGUGUGUGUUUGCGAAGUCACCAAACAGAUGAGAGAUAAAACCACCAGAAAAGUAAACAAAUGGCCUGUCACGAAAGCAACUCUUCGCUUUUCCCUAUAAAAAUUCGCUAGUUCCCCAUGUACUAAGCCAGUAACAAUAUAAGGCACAUAUGGAAAAAUCAGUGUGUACACCCCUGAACGUUGAAAGUAUAUCAAGUCGAAGGAACAGUUUUGGUCUCGGUCCGCAUUUUUGUCAACGAAAUGAAAACAUAUUGAUUAAAACGAUGAAACGUACGGACCACGUGCAAAGCUGUCAAUUGUUUCUCGAAUAUUGCGCGCGUUAUAUAUUCAAUAGUGACAUCUCCUUUACUUCUACAUUUGCAUAUACUUUUAUUAAGUUAGCCAAUUCUGUAUCGAAAUCUCACCAACCAACUCGCGCGCAAAGUGAAAAGACUAUAGAAAGGCUUGAAAUUUUAUUAAGAACGAUUGUGAUUAAGAAACGGGCAAGAGAUAUUCCACAAUAGUGCAAAUAGUCGUGAAACUGGGAUGAUCGCGGAAAAGCGAUUGCGUGACUCUUGGUAGGUUGUAAGAUAACGUGUUAUCACGUAUCAGACGAAAAAACAGUCUAAAUUCUCAGUCUGCACUUUGUACCCAGUCUGCAGUCUGCAUUUUGUGCCAAGUUUGCAUUUGGACCCGGUCUACAGUUUGUGGUUUGCAUUUUGUACUGACCGGUUGGUAUUACUGUUUUUGUUCGAACGAGCCUCAAGUCCCGGCCGAAAUAUUGGAGCUCGAAAAAAAAUUAUAGUGAGACUAUCUUGGCCGCUAUGAUUGAUAUUUGGACUAUAUGUUGAAGAGCUCACGAGGAAAAGUACAAUGAUAGAGCAAUGAUUACUUUAUACUAACUGAAGACGAACGCAAAUGCACAGCUUAAUAUGGCGACCUUUGAUGCUCUUUCGCGUGGUCACAGCUUGUGUUUAAAUGAACCCGCUGCGGGUCCCCCAGGUGUGAACAUUUCGGUAUCUCGAUUCAAGUCGCAUUUUCAGAAGUUCUGAAAUAAGAUUUGAGGGUAUUAUUUUUAUUAAACCAUAUAAACAUUUUAUCUCUUUCCACGUAAGUUUCUGAGCUUCAUCGAAAUUAAUUUAUGCAUGCGAUACUACUUCCGUUCAUUGUCCACAUUGCAACUUCCGCACGCGGAAUACAACUUCCGUUUACGGUCGACAACUUCCGUCAUCAUUCCGUCUUCAUUUAACCAUGAAAAUUAAAAAACAAACUGCUCAAGGUGCUGUGUUUAAUGAAUAAACGACAGCCAAGUUACAGGGAAAAAUUAAGAUUGAUCGGGUUGACUGGCUUCCACUCAACGCAUUAUAAAAAUUAUCAAAGUAAGCUCGUAGUUUUUCACUUGAAAAGCGUACGAUCUAAUUUCCAAGGCUUGCUUCACUGUGAUGACCGGAAAUCGCCAUGAUGAGCUAGCUGCAAUGGACCUCAGCGGGAUCACAGUCGCUCGUACACUCUGAUUUGCGAACUUUUUAACAGUUAUGUCAGUUUUGUUGCGUUUUUCGUCAUUCACGAAAUUAUGAAUACUAUUCGAGCGUUAGGCGUGCUUAAGUUUUAUUACUAAAGCUUACGAAAAAUUGAGUAUGAAAACCUUCAAAACUCGAAUAAUCCAUUUCGUUUUCUUUUUGUUCAUUUUAGUUGGUCUCUGCUCACGAUAUAAUUUCGUAAGUUUCGGCGCUUGGUAUGUUUACAAACCCUAAUUUGUUUGGUGCUUCUGUUGCUACUUGCCAACUCGCUAAUUCCUAAAUUUUACUUUCUAUUUCAGUGUAAUUUGCACUGUUAUCUACAGGCUGUUCUGUAUCAAUUGAUCCCAAGAGUUUGUUGUUUGUAGUUUGUUUGUUUGUUUGUUUUUUUUGACAAAAGUUAGAGAGGGUUCCGGAGAUCGUCGGGCAUUGUACAAAUUGGCAGAUGGCUUGACAGAUUUUGUUCCGCUCCGUGUUUUGUACCGCGUUGUAUUAAGCUCUUUCAACCAAUAAGAGCGAAACGAAAAGGAACUUCUGACCAAAAAGUUGUCUAUGUUUUUGUCCCCUUUAAAUGAGAAAACGAGAAAUUUCGACUGACCGCGUAAAAGUAGCUAAUCGCACCAACCGAUCAACUUCUUUAAAUUAGUUUAAUGGCUAACUUGGCCCAUAGUCGGAAAGUAACGGAUACUGUCUGCUUAAAGCGUAUUUCUUUUCACUGGUUAUUUUAGUUGAUUUCUUAUUGAAGUCCAAAUCAUCACAUAUGCGCAUACUAAGGGAAUUUAAUAUACAAUUAAAAUAUUCAGAGAUAAUACUUACUUCUGAAAAGUGUGAUGAUCAAAAUCGCUUUUAUGUCUUUGUUUCAGAUGUGACUGUCGCUGAAAUAGAGAUUCUGAGUGCGGCUGAAACGAAAAAACUAGUGCGAGAAGUCUAUGUUUUCGCAGAAGGAGUUAAUAGUAUGCUCCUCGAAGUGAGGAAAACGGUAAGACACCUACGUGCAUUAGCUGAUCACCUAGAUAAAGUAUGGAGAAGUUGUGAGACUGCUUCAACCUCAAUCGCACGCGGUUGUAUGACCGUGGCAGGAGAAGUUGCCACUGCCAUGACAGCUGGUGCUGCUUUGCCAUUUCUGAUUGCAGGAACAGCACUGGUGCCUGCGUUGAUCUGGGCGCAAGACAUAUUGAAUCCACUUCCAACUCAUCGCUGA